UGAGUAGUAAGAGAGAGAAGACAAGCGUGUGAAAAGAAGUGAGUGCGCACUUGUUAGUACGCGCAUGCGUUGCUGAAAUGAGUGUCUGUCUGUCUGUUGGCGAGUUUUCGGCAGUUAAUGUUUCAACGGUACUUGUUGCAGUAACAAAUUGUGGUCGAUCGCUGUGUGCUCGUCGCUCGCUAAAUAUUUGUCGUGAAUUUUUUAUCGAGUCGGAUCGGAGUGCGAAAAUUGUGAAAUUGUUUGUGCAAGUAGACAGUCGAUGAAUAAUUGGUGGUGAUUGACGUUCAGUAGUGGUAGUUAGUGUUGGAGUUUGGUUGUGUUCAAGUUGAGGGGUUAGGAAUCUCCCACGAGAACAUCAUAUGAACAUUUGUAUGAACAUAGUAUAGUGUUUGAUGCGCACAAUUUAAAAAUGGCGCCGAUAAUUGGAGGCGUGGCGGGGUCUUUGACUCUGGCGCACAGUAUGAACCAAAAACCCUGUCGUUGGGCUCGAUACCAGCAGCAAAUUGGCAAACAGUCCUACCGUCCAUUCAACAACAAUCCAGAAACCAGUAGUCUAUCGUCAAACUUCAGUAACAGUCGAGGUAGCAUCAACGGCAGCUGUACCAACCUCAACAAAAACCCCAGUUACUCUCACGGUAGCUGCUCCAAUCUCAACAAAAAUGCAAACUACUCCACUGGAAGUUGUUCGAACAUCAACAAAACUGUUACCAGUAACGGUUACUCGCACAGUGUGAACAAAACUGUUACCAGUAACGGUUACUCGCACAGUGUGAACACCCACAACAAAACUGUUACCAGUAACGGUUACUCGCACAGUGUGAACCCCAACAACAAAACUGUUACCAGUAACGGUUACUCGCACAGUGUGAACAAUAAUAACAGUGUGACAAAUAACAGUUUGGACACAAGUGCGUGCAAUAGUAACCUGGUGAUAUCUGCUCCGGUUACCGGUGGAGUAACCGGUAGAGACAAAAGUGUGCAGUCGGUGAUUUCGAUACAUUCCGUGAACCAUUCGCCGCAACGGUGUUCGUCGCCUCAUGCGUUUCUGCAGUCGUUUCUGGCCAAAUUGAAGCAGUGUUCGUUCCGUAAAGAUGGUAACAAGCUGACAACAGUGGUGGCGACACCGGGCCAGGGGCCUGACAGACCGCUGGAGGUGUCCUACACCGACACCAAGGUCAUUGGCAAUGGCAGCUUCGGCGUGGUCUACCAGGCCAAGCUCUGCGACAGCGGCGAAAUGGUCGCCAUCAAAAAAGUCCUACAGGAUAAGAGGUUUAAGAACCGUGAACUACAGAUUAUGAGACGGCUAGAACAUUGUAAUAUAGUUAAGCUUAAAUAUUUCUUCUACUCGAGUGGUGAUAAGAAAGAUGAAGUAUAUUUAAAUUUGGUGCUGGAGUAUAUCCCGGAAACGGUAUAUAAGGUGGCCAGACAUUACAGUAAAUCUAAGCAAACUAUACCAAUUAGUUUUAUCAAGUUGUACAUGUACCAACUGUUCCGCAGCCUGGCCUACAUCCACUCGCUGGGCAUCUGUCACCGAGACAUCAAGCCGCAGAACCUGCUGUUGGACCCCGAGACAGGUGUGCUCAAGCUGUGCGACUUUGGCUCGGCCAAGCACCUCGUCAAGAGCGAGCCCAACGUCAGCUACAUCUGUUCGCGCUACUAUCGCGCGCCCGAGCUCAUUUUCGGCGCCACCGACUACACUACCAAAAUCGACGUGUGGUCAGCCGGCUGUGUUUUGGCGGAACUGCUUCUGGGUCAGCCAAUCUUCCCGGGCGACUCGGGCGUCGACCAACUGGUCGAGAUUAUCAAAGUGCUCGGCACACCGACUCGUGAGCAGAUCCGAGACAUGAACCCCAACUACACCGAGUUCAAGUUUCCACAGAUUAAGGCGCAUCCCUGGCAAAAGGUAUUCAGAACACGCACACCGAUCGAGGCGAUAGAACUGGUGUCGCGCUUGCUGGAGUACACACCGUACGCGCGCAUCACGCCACUGCAAGCAUGCGCAAACGUGUUCUUUGACGAGCUGCGCGAGCCAAUGACACGAUUGCCCAACGGGCGCGCUCUACCGCCGCUUUUCAACUUCACCGAACUAGAACUGAGCAUCCAGCCGUCGCUGAACUCAGUGCUGAUUCCGGCGCACAUUCAGCAGCAGGGGGGUGGCGGGUCGGAAGUGGCGGGGGGCUCGACAGGGGGGCGGAAGGAGGCGGUGCCCCUAAUGCGGGGGCGGCGGCCACUGGUGGCUCGGCCGAUGGAGGCAGCAAUACGACCAUGACCUCUGAGGGCGGACAGGCUCCUGUCAGUGCCGCCUCCAAGGAGCCUGCCGAAAUGGCUUAGGUUGGUCAUUGACAUGAAAUUGUUCCUCGAUGCAACGUUGAUUAUUGAAUAAUCCAGGUGAGGACUAACUACCAACCAAAUCAGAACAAAAGCCUCAUUAAUAGAGAAGAUGAAUGGUGUUGAAAGCAAGGCUUCGAUUACACUCUUGUCAACAAUAGAUCAGCCAUCAUACAUGAUAUAUUGAUGAAAAUAUAUAAAUAAAUCUAUUUUAUUUCUGUGAAAAAUGUCGUUGAAAUUAACCAUUCUUUGUCGCAAAUAAUUUGUAUAGAAAUUGACUCCGGCAUCGUUGAGAUUCACUUGGUAUCUUACUUCUUAUUUAUUAUUUAUCUGGUGCUUCUAAAAUCAGUACAACCUCCUAUAAUGCACUAACUUGUAACCUAGUUUAUCUAUCAAAUCACUAUCAUUGUUUUGUUCUUAUGACACUAAUGAAGCGGUGAAAGUUGAAAUACAUUGAUGAACAAAAUUUUAAAAAAUUGGUUUGAUUACUUGAAUUUAGUCACGACAUUACCAACCUAUCUAUGAUAAUAAUUUGUAUAAGCUCUUGUUGUCAAACAUAUUUCGAUUAUGUGUUGUAUAAACUUUAAAACUCUGUGUCAUCUUUCGUAAAGGAACAGUGUUAGGCUUAUAAGCCUGUUGUUCCUUCCCUAAUCAUUCAUAUUAUUUGUUUGAUUGAAUCAUUGUAUGAUUGAAUGUACAAAUUAAUAAAACACACUUGAAUUCUUUAUGAUAACUUUAACAAAUCUGUUGAUAUGAUCUCCAUAAGUAUAUAAUAAUUUUUAUAACAUGUUGAAAUAAUCAUGGUUUGAAGUUUAGAGAUUUAAUGAAUUAUGAGGGUUUUUUUCAGGGGUUUCCUAAAUAAUAUUCUGAUUGAAGGCUCUAAAUAUUAUGUUAGAUCGUAGAAGUUUCAAAAUUAAUUUCUCCACAGUCUGGAGCUUAAUUUUCAUGUGUCUUAAAACUAUCAUUACAUCCAGUACCAAUACCCUUAAUAAUUAGUUUGUGUGAUUGAAAAUUAUCUUGAAAUUAACCAACGAAAUUCCACUAAUCAUUUGGAAUUAUUAAUAAAUUAAUUUUGAACUUUGACAGUUCACCAUUUAGAUUUAUGGGUAAUGGAUAUUUGAUAUAUCAUAACCUAACAUAUCAAAGUUAGAUUCACAUUGCUAUCGCGAAUAAAUAGGAUUUCAAGUAUUUGAAACCCAUUCAUUGGGAUAGGUCAGUUGAAGUUUGUUUCAAAUAGUAAAUAGAGGAGUGUAGGACAGAGUAUGUGAUAUUUAAAUACCAAAUACACAUUACAAGAGGCAUAUUAACAAUAUUUUAUUUGCUCCAGUUGGAAUAUGUAGUUCAACGUACCGUCCCCAUAUCUAUGCAGUAGUGAGCAAUUCGCAAAAGAAUAACCAUUUGCUGGAUUUAUGCUUUUUCUGAAAUAACAAUAGAAAUGUGAAUAAUCUAGAUUAUAGCAUGAGGUAUGAAUAUUAAGACAUGUAGAAGAAACAAGAGAUCUUUGUAAUAAAUACUUGACUCAAGUACUGUAAUUAAAUCUGUAGUUUCAUAGUAGUACAAGAGAUAGAUUGUUUAUUUCAAAAACUAUUCAGUAAACGUGAAAACAGAAAUUGAUCUGUCAUUUUAAUAGGUACCUUUGAUUUAAAUUGAAAACAAAUGUUUAAUUUCGGAAUACUAUACUGUCUUACAUUGCAAUUCUUUUUGACACAUUAACAAAAUCAUCAACUAGUCCUAUAGAAUCCUUUCAACAAAAUAUUAUUGCUUGAAAAUAAUAUCUUGCAUGUAAUCAAAAUGAUAUUUUCUGAGUAAGAAAUUAAUUCCUGGCAUGAAACGAUGGAGCAAAAAUGUAAAACUUGGAAAAAUGUUUAGGAUUUAAGAAAAUUAUCCUGUAAUUUAUGUCAAUUAUUAUAACAUGAGUUGUCGGUCCUCUUUUUAAUAAUUUAAUUUCAAUCUGAGGCACUCCAAAAUUGUAUUAUUGUAACAAGAUUCUAUUAGGUAGUGUGAAAGCUAUGACAGUGGUUGUGUUCUGAAUGAAUAAAUUUAUAUAUCGGAUAAAUUCUGACAAUUUAUCUAUUUAUGGAUUAUUUUGGAUAAACUCUGGCAGUGUUUCAAUUUAGUACUUUCAAAUACACUGAAGUCUUCUAGGAGCUUCAGUGACAUUCCAUACCUUACCAUUUAGCAGUUGAUGUAUUUCAGCUCUAAUAAAAGGAACUCAAAAGGAUAAAGAAUAAAUACAAAAAAGGAUAUACCGACAAGAUUAUUCAUGAAAAUAAGUGAAAUGUACAAACUGCAUGUUAUAAGCAAUGGAGUGCUAUAUUUGGUCGAUUGAAUAAAAGAUAGAAAUUGCAAAUUCUCAAGUAAUUUUCAAGCAAAUGCUAAGAUUCGUAUUAGAAUAAUCUAAUACUAGAACGAAUGACUACAUGCUAGUCACCAUACUCUGGUUUUUAUUCAAUCGGCUCAAUUGAUUCAAGAAAAUUGAUAUUGUAUUACUGUUGAAAAUAUGGUUAAUGUUAGUUAACUUUAAAACUGCAUUCUUGCAAUAGACAUGCAUUGAAGAUUGUCAUCAAAAUUGAAAAACAUGUUUCCUAUAGAAUAAAAUGACUUUGUUUUGGUGAUGUGGCGACGUAUGGACAUGAAUGUCCACUCUCUACAAUUUAACUACUUGGUUAGCAAAAAUAAAUAGAUUACAAAAAAAUACUGUACAAGAUAUUCAUGAAAAUAUAUUACUUGUGAAUUUAAUCAAACAAUUUUUGCUCUAACAAUUAAUUUACAUUACAAAUAUCGAAUUCAUUUCAUAACUAAGGUUGUGUUGAAAAUUAUUUAUUGAAUUUAGCUUCUUAAACUCAACAUUAAGCUUAACAUAGAAGAAAUAUUAGCCUAAUUACUGAUCUCUUUCGAAAUCUAAUGCCGAGUUAACAACAGAGUUGUCAACUGAGUUCUCAAUAAAUUGUGACAAUUUGUUGCCAAUUUCUCCAAAAGCACAGCAACAUGUGGUCAAUUUGUGGAAAUCCUAGUUUUUAACAAAAUAUUUAUUUCUCAGUCAGUGUGAAAAACACUGAGAAAAUUAUUGUCAACACAAUGUUCCCCACUCUGAUUACGCUAUGGGCAUGACACCGUUUUUGCUCUAAAUUUGAAAACAGCAACUUGUUUACUACAAAAAAAUUGACAUCUACUUUGUAGAAAACUAUUCCUAGACAACAUUUUGAAUAUUCUCGAAAUAUUCCUGCAAUAGGUCGCGUCAAGUGUAACUGUGAAUUGAACUUUGCAUAUUUUAAGCGAGUGUAAUAGAGUAAUUGCAGUAUUCUGUUAAUUGCACAAAAAUAUAUGUUGCCAAAUGGUAAUUCCGUUGCUUAUGUAAUAUUGUUUUUAAAAUAGUAUCUUCUAAGAGAUGGAUUACAAUUGAAAAUGUUCCAUUGAAUAAAAAUGCGUUACAUUACUUCGAAUUGAAAAUUUUAACCUUAUCAUUUUCUAGUUAAGAUGCAUUACAUUACUGUGAACCAUAGAUUGUUUUUAAUUAGGAUUUAUUCGUGUAAAAAUGCUUCAAAAUAACUUUUAAAUAGAAACAAAAGUGUAAUGAUUAAUAUAGUUAGCAAUAGUCAUUCUUUUAUAAAAAAAAACCUGAUCACUUUUCCAGUUGUAUAUGGUGGAAGUUAAUAAACCUUGAUAGACAAAUUUUAAACACAAUUUUUAUUUAUUUAUUCAACUCUGUUUUAAUCAGUUUUUGGCUUUCGGUUUUGUAUAAAACCACAGAUUAUUCGUAAAUCUAAUACUGCUUCAUUUUAAGCUAUUUUGAAGAUGUAUUUUCUUGUAAUAAACAAGUAUUCUCUCAAUAUUAGUGUAUUAAAAUUGGGUCUCAAUAAUCACAUUCUUUAAUCAAUUUUUUCGGUCGUUCAGAUGCUAAAUUUGCAUAGAACAUGAAACAAGUGUUACAAAAUAACUAUAGGUAUUCCAUUCAUCAUAACUCAGUUAUCGAGGAUGGAUUUAGGAUUAAUCUCAUUGCUAUUAAUUAAUCCUAAUUUAUUAAUUGAAACAAAUGUAUUCAAUUUGUGAUUCAAAGUUUACGCAUCAAUAAAAGCCCAACCAAACUGCUUUCUCCAAGUGACUCAGUAGCGUUCAGUUCUAUUUGAAAGUGAGAAAAAAUGCUUAUUCUUCUUAAAAAGCCAUGUUCACUCAAUCAUUUUUUAUCCAUACUAAUAUUUCUUUCAAAUCAUAGAAACUCAACUUCAAGAAUAAAUAUAUGAUGUUCAAAUUUAAUUUUUAAUAAAAUUCAUGAAAUUGAAUGAACCUUGAUUCUAGUUGAUGAAAUAAACAUUUCCUUUCCUAGAUUGUAAAGUUGUAUUAAAAGUCGAUUGUUGUGUACAUAGAGCCUUCAUAAAUGAAAAUGAGUUUGCAAGACGUAGUUUUACAUAAAUCUGCCUGAAAAAUAUUGUGAAUUUGACUGAACUAUUGCAAUUAUAAAAUAAUCGAGAGUUGAACAUGUUAGCAAAGUAAACGUAGGUCUAACUCUUCAUUGCAUUUUCAGUACCUAUUCUUAAAUCUUCAACAUUACAUUAAUAUCUUAUAAGAAAACUUGCAAAAGAUCAUUAGCUUUUCUUGGUAUUGGAGUAUGUAGUAAUUCGUUUAUACAAAUUAUAUUUUAUUAUUUUAUCACUCAUAGUAGAUUUAAUAUAGCUUGGUGCUUUGGAUAUCUAUAAUUCAUUUGGUUAUCUAGGGAACAAUCCAUUGAAAUUUCAAAAAAUCAUUGAUAUAUUUUAAUAUGGGUACAUACAUUGUGCCAUAUUACGAAAAUUUUCUUGCUCAAGAGUAUUGGUACGAAACAUGAUGUUUGGAGUAUUAAUGAAGACUGUAGAAUUGAUUUAUAAUUGCAUUUGUGUACUUAUGGAAAUUUCUAUCGGUUUGUUAAACUCGAAAACUUAUCAUUUAAAUUUUUGACAAUCUACCAGUUUACUUUGAAGUGACACCUUCCAUGUUUUAUUUAAUCACAAUUUUAUCUUGCUUAUAGAAAAGUUGAUAUCUAGUAUUGCAUCGCUUCGUUUUAAGAUCUAAAGCAUCAUAAAAACUAAUAAUUAUAAAUUAAGUCUCAUAUAGAACAUUUUGAGGUACAAACAACUUAUAAAGUAUGCACUUGUAUAUAAUCACACUAGAGCUACUAUACAGACACUGAAGAUAAUAGCUGCUUGCCCUCAAACUGAAUUGUAUAGAAACUUAUACAAGUUUGAUAUUUUCUCUCACUUGAAAAAACUAAGAUAAUUUUAAAAUCUGAAUCACUUAUCGUUCUAAUUUUAAAAAUGUCGAUUAUCACAAAUGUACCGUACUCCCCUUUCAUAAGUGAGAAUAUUGUAUGUAUAUUACUGAUUUGAAAUCUUGGAAAUGAAAUCUCUGCAUCUUUUGUAGAUUAAUUUCCCAGCAAUUCACUGAUGAAUUUGAAAAACUAUUGGAACACCACUCUUCAAAACUACUACUAUUAAACUCAACAAUUAUAUCGAAUAAUGUGAAAUCUGUAGUGUAAUAUUAAUGUUGAAGACGUUGUAUCGUAAUAAUUUGGUGAUAAAAUCAUCCAAAUGCCGAAUAAUACUCAUCAUAGAUCCCCAACAAAAUAAUACAACAUAUUUAAGUAGAGUGCCCUUGUGUAAUCAGUCUGAUAAUUUCAUGUUUAAAUACGGUUUUUAUUUAAAUAAUUAGUUUUAAUAACAACUGGUGGUAUGUUUGACUGUUUGUAUGUAGAUAAUAUUGUAUUGUCAUGAAUUUUCCUACACGAUUCUUGUAGUCAGUCACUACUUUGUUCGGUGACUAAGGUUCUAAUGAUAAUUAUGAGUAGUCCAUCUAACGGGAGAAUGAAAAAUACUCUAUAUAUUUACUAUACAAAGUUAGAUGACAAUGAUGUUGUCCAUUCAUGUAAAUAAUUAGCUCAUUGCGGUAUAAAUAUAUUUUUUAUUCAAUUGUUUUUUAUAUAUUAAUUUUGUUAUCAUUUCUGGUAUUUCACAUUAAUUAAAUUGAUGAUCUUGGAUGAAAUUUCAAGACACCUCACUAGUUUACUAUGUGUAUGUUUUUGGUCGUUUGUAACGAUGUUGAUUUUAAUUAAAUUAAUUUCUACCGCUGUAAAUAAUUUCGCUAAGAAUGAUAAAAUUGAAAACCGUAAAAAAAUUAUUGUAAUAUUUGUCUAUGAUACUCCACUGAUUAUAAACAUUAUGGUUAUUAUUAAUUGCUACAUAUAAAUUGAUUACUAUUGAUAUAUUUAGGAUAUUAAAAUUAAUUGAUUGAUCAAUAUUGAUAGUUGUUUAGUGCGUAUGAUCGAAGAAUAAUAAAAAUUGACCUUGAAAACUC